AUAUUAGAAGGAUCCUUUCAAGAAGAUACAUGUGUAUAUAUAUAUAUAUAUAUAUGUGUAUAUAUACAUAUAUACAUAUAUAUUUCAUUGUGAGAAAAGAUAAAGAGAGCGAAAAAUACUUGGCACGUUAUACAUACAAAUUACUAGAGUCAGUGAACUCAUCCGGAGAUCACGAUUGGUGCUAUAUACUAUUCAAACCAUUUACCUAACUUAAGAAUUCCUACGUUAAUAUUUUCAUUUUGAACUACCACCAAGGAGCUUUCCCAGAGACAUACAUUUUAAUUUUGAGAUAAAAGGAUUGUCUCUGAAAAGAUGGAAAAUUGUGAUAUCGAUUUUAAGAAAGCAUAUAACGGAUCAAACGUGUUUAGAUUUAUUUGUCCUAACGCGGACACGUAAGUGAUAUAUAGUUCAAGAAGCUCAUAUAAUAAUUUAUGUUACGUGGAUGUUAGCUUAAUCUUGAUUAAUGGUUCUUGAAAGUGCAUUUACCAGAGAUCGUAACAGGUGUUACUAUCAUCUUUGUGUAAUCAAUCAAUUAAAUAUCUAAUUCCAGAUUAUCGAUACAGUUUGGUUUAAAAAAAAAAAAAAAGAAAAAAAAAAGAAAAGAAAGAAUUGAAAAUAAAUACUAAUAUAUUAAAUAAAAAUAUCAUACUUCCGUUCAAUUCGUAAGAUAACGACGUUCUAAAUUUAUAAUAUUUGAAAUUUUAGAUACUCAUGAAAGUCCUUCAUAUUUACGAAAAGGAAUAUUUUUAAAACCAUAUCUUAAAUCUGCUCUACAUUUGUCUCUUUUCUUGAUGGAUAACCGCUAAACCGAUAAAUCAGACCUAUCUGUUUAUCUUCAUCAAAGGAACAGGUUUCUUAAAAGCGCGAUAGAUAAAUCGAUAGUUUUUCUCCCACCUGACUAAUACGAAAGAGAUCGAUGCGAAUAAACAAAAAAGGAUUGAGCAAAUUUACUAUAGAUAUAUAUAAAUACAAAAGUUAUAAAAUAUACGUUCUUCGAUCGAAAGAAAAUAAAUGUUUUGGUUCAACGUAGGAAGUUGAUAAAUUUUAACAUAAAAAAAUAGCCGUAAAAACAUUCCAGCUUUUUAUUUUAAUCUUCAUUACAUCGUACAUAGCUAGUAGAAAAAUAGAAUAAAAGUAAUUAAUAUAAAAUAAAUAGUAGAACAAAACGACGAUUAAACUUAAAUACACGACGGACAUUCUCAUUAGUUUCUUUCGUAGACGAAUAAGAACUUAUUAUAUUAUAUAUAUAUAUAUAUCGCUUCUUCCAUUAUCCUUAGAUUUAUUUAAACAUCUAUUAUUUUCACUAUAAACAAGCCGCUGUUCACAUUUCAUUUGCAUUGCAUCAUCAUCUCAUUCGAUAAUUCUGAGAGAGUAUUUAUAUCGAGCAUUUAUGUUAGCGUGCAAUUAUGAAUGAACGAGGGCCUAACUUCCCGUAAACAUUGUGCUUACUAUAGUAUUACAAAAUUAGAAAGAAAAUUUGAAGAUCCUUGAAAAAGGAAAAUCUAUAAAUAUAUAUCGAGUAAAACUUAUCGAAUAGAUCAUUAAUCAUUGUGAUUAACGUACAAGAACUAAAGAGUAUCUGUAAACGAAGAUAUCGAAGAAACAUAUAACGAGAAAUCUAAAAUUCAAACAACGUAGCUAACAGUAAGAGAAGCAAUCUGCACAUCAUCCUGAAUCAAUAAGACGACAAGUGACGGAAAUCGUUCGCCCCUACAAAGGAUUCUUAUAAACCUUGUCACGAGGUGACCUCAAAUAAAGCCGUGUAUAGUCGUCUGUUUUUUUUUUACUUUUGCAUAAAAAGGAUUCACUGAUAUACGAUUGAUCAUAAGUAAAUAUUUAUCAUAACAUAAGAACGAUCGUAUACACAUCAUGUUUUGGAGAACGUCUAAUGUUGCAACUAACUCAAAGUGUAUUCAAAUAUCAGCUACGAUUAGUGCUUUACCACGUGUACGAAGAUCAGCGAGUUCUGUUGUUACUUGGACGAAUGUAACAAACACGUACAUUCAUAGAAACGUCAGUUACGAGACAUCGAUUGAAUUUGAAGAAGAAUCCUUCGAAGCUUGUAGUUCUGUGUACUUUCUGCUUGAAUUGUUCCACAUGUACUACAUUCCGGCCAUAAUCCUUUUAGGACUGGUUGGAAAUCUUUUAUCAUGCGUUGUCUUUCUGAAUACCCAUCUAAAAAUGCGAAGUUCGAGUUAUUAUUUAGCGGCACUGGCUACGGCUGAUUUUGGAUUUUUGGUCUCCCUUCUUCUGGUUUGGCUCAAUAACACCGUUGGCUGGAUGGUAUUCAACAAAGACGGCUGGUGCGAGUCUUUGGUCUACGUCAGUGCUGUUUGUAGCUCUCUUAGCGUUUGGCUGAUCGUCGCCUUUACCGUAGAAAGAUUCAUAGCCGUGCAAUACCCAUUGCAUCGGCCUCACAUGUGCACAAUAGCACGGGCAAAGGCUAUCGUCUUGAUACUAGUUAUACUUGCUCUAGCAAGUCAUUCUUACGCUUUUGUUACCGCCGGCGUCGUCAAGAUUCACGAUGGCUAUGAAUUAUGCGAUCUCAAGAUAGAAUAUCUUGAAACUAUGAGGAUCAUCAGUAUCAUCGAUAGCAUAGCCAGUUUGAUAGCACCGCUUGUACUUAUCAUCAUUAUGAAUACAAUGAUAAUGAGAAAUCUUCUUAGAUUUACUAGAAGAUUCAAACAAGCACCGAGUGUAUCCACCACCUGUCAAAGCAGAGAAAGAUCCGAAAUUAAUCUAAACCAAAUUCCGAGUGCCAGUAGCAGUCACAAUGGUGCUGGCGGUAUCAAUAUGGAUGCGAUCAUUGAGGGACGUAGGCCACCCUCUCAACAAUCUUUUCACUCUUCGAAAACCAACCAUUCUCAAAAUUCAAGGCAUCAGCCUACAUCGAUCGCAGUACCACCGUCUACACCAAGAAAUGCUUGUCAACUACCCGAAAUAGCGGCUCGAUGUAUACAUGUACGAUCAUCCUCGCGAAAUCUCGUAUCGACUAGAAAUCAACAAAGUAUUACAAAAAUGCUCUUAUUGAUCAGUACUGUUUUUAUCAUUCUCAAUUCUCCGAGCUACGUGAUACGCUUAUGCGUCUUCUUCUUUACUCUUGCACGAAGAGAUACACCCGCUCUACUUUGGUGUCUUCAACAGUUUUUCAUGCUUCUUUACUACACUAACUUCAGUAUCAAUUUUCUCCUAUAUGCCAUGUGCGGUAUCACGUUUCGACGCUGUUUGGAACAACUGUUGCGUAAAGUUUUAAAAAGCAUGACCAGGUAUCACUGUAAUCCUCAGAGAUACAUAUAGAUAUUCCAUCAUUAUCGAUCCAGAAGGAGCCGGACAGAAACGAUCAUUAUGAUGAACGUUAGAAAACCGGCUAAUUCAUGAAUGAUAGUUGAAAUGCGAUCAUCGACGCCCUCAUCAGGGUAACGUCUAUAAAUUUGCUCAAUUUAUCAAAGACUGAAAAAGGAAAAUAAAAUGUUUGACCAUAAUUCACGAUCAAUAUCAAAACCUCUCGAUGGUUCCUCGAGAUUAUUGACGCUCCACAAAUGGAUAGCCAUGACAACUGCAAAAAUAAUAGACAUUAAUGAAAUUAUUUCUAUCGUAACUUUCGAUAUACAUCGUCUAUUCACGGUUUAAAUUAAUGUCGAUGGGACACAUCUGGUACUUGAAUUGCAAUGUCAUCGAUAUGGGAUAUCAGGGGUGUUGUCGAGUGGUAACAGGGUAGUGAUAUGCACUACAUUAUUACUAUCUCUGUGUACAUGCUGAUCGAUAGUUACUUAAAGAUAAAGCUACUCGUCUGUUGCAACGGCUUAUGAUAAACAAGAUUAUUUGAGUAUACUUUAUAAGAUUAUGUAGAAUAUACAUGAAAUAUAGACGACGAGAAUAUUAAUAAUCAUGAUAACGUUGAAUCUCAUAGAAUUCUUUUUUGAAUUUUAUUUUAACUUUAAUAUCCCUCGAUGAUGCAUCCCUCGAUCGUCAAAUUUAAUACAAUAUUUUAUAUUGAAACAUUAUUUAUCUUACAUUAUACUAUAACUCUGUAUCAAUAUAUUAUACGUAUAAUUAUAUUCGAAUCGAGAAAAAUAUUCUCUUCGAGUGAUAUCGUUAUCAAGAUAUCAUAUCCAAAGCUUAUUAUUAAAAGAUCUAAUAACAGGAAAUAAAGAAAGUUUAACAUCAUCCUUUUCGAAGGUAACAUAAACUAUUACUGCCUACUUUUACGUAGAUACGACGAUAAAGGUAUGAAAUUUAUGGGCGACAUCUGAAAGCCCGGAAUUUUGUGUUGCACUUAAAACAGAGGGGAUAUAUAUCGUUUCAUGGCUCGUAUGAAAUUUUAUUAAACCUCUUCGAAAUUUAUCAUUGCAAAUAUCCCAUGAGGAUUUAAAUUACUCUGUUAUGACUCAUUCAUGACACAUUGAAAUGAGAAUUUUCUUAAAAAAUAAAAAAUAAAAAAAAGUAUAAAUAAAAAAGUGACAAAUUUACUUUUCUCACUUUUUUCAUCGCUUUUGCACAGAAUUUGUUUAUACUAGAUAUAUUAUACUCACGUGAAGGUUGGCUAAAUAUUGAUGGUCUGUACUGGUGUUAAUUAAUUUCGCAAAAUUAUAGUUAUAAAGUUAACAAUUAAAUCAUGAAUAUAUUAAAAAAAAAAAAAUAAAAGAACCUAAUUUAUAAUAUUCACGUCUGAAUUUUCAUUAAAUAAUUAUUAUCUCACAGUUUUACUUUUCUUCGAAAAUUUUUAAUAUUGGGCAUUUAAUAAAUGCAUACCAAUAUUUGUACAAGCAUGAAUCCUUUUAUUAGCAUAUAAUCUGCAAAAAUAUUUAAUAUUUAACAUUAUUAUAAAAGAAUGUUAAUAUUAAAAGACAUAAUAAUUGAUAUUGUGAGAAAUAAUGGAAGUGAAAUAAUCACGUACCUGUUCUGAUAUCCUUAAAUCAGGAGAAAAAAAA